GCACAAUGGAGAAGCCAUCGUCGUCGUCGUCGUCGUCAGUGAAAUCGAUCACGAAGGUAAAAACUUCAAGCGAUGUGAACACGAGCUUGAGUGUGCUUAACGAGGACCUUCUUCAGAACAUUCUUGCUAGGCUUCCAGCACUACCCUUCGCUUCAGCUGCUUGUGUCAGCAAAUCAUGGAACUCUCUCUGCAAUCGCAUCCUCUCUCGUCCCAAACUCUCCUCUGCACUUUCUCUCAACCCUUCACUCCACGAUGCUGUGAACGAGGUUAUUCAUAAGGUUCUGUCUGAGCCAAUUCGACCGUGUUUCGCUAUUGCCACCAUUGGAAGUGGAUUCGACUCGUUCAAUACUAUGCAGCGUAUUAGACAGUCGUUGGGACCCAAUAUUCCGAUUAUUGUUACAGUGUCAAAUGGUAUUAUGGGAAGGGAUGCUAUUACUGAUGAGUUUAAAGAGGUCAAAUGGGGUGCCCUUUUCAGUGGCUUUGGAGCUGAAGCAUAUGCGAGACAUAUAAAUGAAGGCAUAGUUUUGACCGUUGGCUACUUGCCUGGAUUAAACGUUGAAGCCAUACCAUUACGACGGAUGCGGAAGACAUCUCAAGCGCCAUGUGUUGACGAUUUUGUAAAGGAUAUCAAGGAAUAUUCAGCCUCUGUCUCCAGUUGCUCAUUCCCUGUUGGGAUUAUAUUGUUUGGGGAAGCAAGCAGUGACAUGAAAUUGGUUCUAGAGAAGUUGGAUUAUGCCAUGCCUAUGGACACAGUCAUUGUGGGUGAUGAGAGAAGCUCCUUUGUAUACCUAAGUAGAAAUAAUUCUAGAAUUAUUUGUGGUAGAGCAGGACUGGUAGAGGCUGUUGCUCUUGUAUUUGCUCAGGACAGAGACAGAUCUUCUGGAAAUAUUAGAUUUCAUGUUGCGUUGUCAAAUGGUGUUACGGCUGUGGGUGCCAAAUACAAGACAGCCUCAGUUAGAACAAACUGCAAUGAAGGUUCAACAUGGCUCACUGCUAGGAGGGAAGGGCAACAGGAACUUCUUGAUGGUCAGACUAUUCUACAUGAAAUUAACAAUUUGAUAGAAAAUCAUAUUGAGUCUCCUGAUUUGUACAUUGGGGUAAUUAAGCAAAGGAAAUUCUCCAUUGGAGCAGAGAAGCCAUUCCCAAGAACUUGUAUUGCUUAUCACGGAAUUGUGGGAGGUGAUGAAGAGUAUUUAUAUGUUGAAGGUAUUGGCAUCCGAACAGGAGAUUUCUUUCAGUUCUACUAUGCAGAUCCUGAUAAUGCCUUGGCUUCAUUAACGGAGGUCCAUAGUGCCCUCAAGAAUAUUGAACCGGAAAAAAAUUCUGAGAGUUUCAAGGGCAAUGGGGACAAUGCUAACAAUGUUUUUGGGGGUCUUAUUUUUGCUUGUUACGGCCGUGGUGAAUCAUUCUUUGGACGUCACAAUGUUGAUAGCUCCCCGUUCUUGGAGAAUUUUCCGGGAGUUCCAUUGGCUGGAAUGUUUUGUUGUGGAGAAUUGGUGCGUCCUUGUACCCCUUUGAUUGGUCAAUGUCAAGGAGCAAGCCGCCCUAGUUGCUGUUUGCAUGUUUACAGCAGUGUUUACUUAGCAAUGUCAUAUACUCCUCCCUCUGUGGAAUAUUAGAUGCUGUUCAUAUUUUCUUUUCAAAAUGUAUUUUUCUAAUUUAGGGAAUGGAU